AUGAAGACACUACUGGCAGUUAGCAUGGCCUUUUACAUUUCAGCCCUUCUAAAAUUAAUCAUUGAAGAGGUGGAGGCGGUAGACGCUCACACACUGCUGGUUUCUUGGUACGACCCCAAAAAUGUGGAAGGAACCCUUGGGGGCUUUACAGUCUCCGUUGGACUCUACAUUCCAGACUCGGUUAACGAACCACACUGGCGGCAUGUGGCCAACGUAACCGCGGACUCGCGAUCGUACAGGAUCACUGAUUUGGAGCCCGACACGCGCUACCAAGUCACUGUUCGUGGUUAUGUCCUGCCGAACGAGGAGGGUCAUGGUGGAGGCUACAGCCAAUAUUCCUAUCCUCGAACUGCCUCAACGUGGUCUCUUGGUAGGUGA